CGCCAGGUUACUCAGUGAAGGGGAUGCUGUUCAUCAUUGUUCAUCAUGUCCGGUGUAUAUUAUUUUUCAGAAGGACCAACGUGUUACAUAACAAGUGACAAGAACGCCAGCCUACUCAGUGAAGGGGAUACCCUAACACUGACGGUGAACCUUUCGAGAAGCGACUGCCCUCAGUCUUUGCUGCUUCAGUUGAGGACAGGGAACAUCAGCUCUGUUAUCACCACGGAUACCGAUAUCGAAGAUGGAACACUUACCAAAGUGUUCAACGUAACAAGCUCACACGCCGGGGAGGUCAGUUUGAUCUACAAUUGUAGUGGCAGCAGUUGGAACCUACUCUGUGAGGGGAUAAAGCGGCUGGUUCUCGGUAAACAGGCUAACAUCAUGACAACACCUCCACAGCUCACAGGUCAUCCAACAACAGACGGACAAGAUACAGAUAGCUCUCAACCACGUAUGAUACUCGGGAUCAUAUUUGCUGUGGUUGUCAUUGUCAUCGCACCUGUUACCAUCAUCAUCACCAUCUUUGUAGUCAAACGCUGGAAAAAGGGAAAACAUAGAAACAAAAAACAUGACGAAGACGACACUGACACCAAGCUAACAUCCUAAGAGAACACAUCCGCAUUGCGGCGAGGGUGUAGAGAUGUCGAUCAAGUUCCAUUGGCACAGUCAUUUACUAAAGUUAGUUAGUUUCAUUAACCCAGUACAAACUAGCCUGGACAAACGCAUAUGGCAUAUAUUGUUCAAUCUUCAAAUAUUGUGGCCAUUAUCAAGCUUGUUCCAAUGAGUGAGUGAGUGAGUUUGGUUAUACGCCGCUUUUAGCAAUGUUCCAGCA